AUGCCGGAAGGCACGGUGGUGGCAGCGACGGUCUUUGAGCCGUCGUCGGUGAGGGAGCGCGGCCGUGGAGGCCGGGCUGAGGUGGUGAUCCCCGACCAGGGGGUCGUGGAGGUGGAGGAUGACACCCCGCCACGGGCCGACGUGGCCGAGCGAGCGGGGACUGAUGGUGGUGGAGGCGGCGUCGUUUUGGAAGAGACGCUGCGGGCGGCGGCGUCGGAGGCGCCGCCAGUUUUGGAGGAGGCACCGCGGGCGGCUGUGCCGGAGACGGUGACGCAGCGCGUCCCGGCGUCCGGGUCAGAGACGGCGACGCAGGGCGUCCCGGAGGAGGUGCUGGCCGCGUCGCGAGCGACCAGCGGGGGGUACGCCUUGGUGCCCCGGCAGGGAGAGCGCCGAGCUGCCGUGCCGCAGCCGGCGCGGAGCGGGGGCGCCAUUGUCUUCGGGCCUCAGACCCAGGAGGAGGCGCUCGAGGCCUUCGCCCAGGCCGAGGUGGGUCGCUGGACGCCGUCAGUCGCCGCCUGCGAGGCCGGAUGGAACGGCUCGAGGCCUUCGCCCAGGCCGAGGUGGAGUGGACGCGCGACUUGGAGCGCGCCGUUCUGCAUCUUGACGCCUUCUGGGUCGCCGCCUACAAUCGUCUCCCGGGCAAGCACCGGGAGCUCGUGAAGUGGCUUGCCGCCAAGGAGGAAGAGCUUCGCGUCGCCGC